GCUAGGUAAGUGUAACGCAUUACGCAGUGUAUCUUAUCCAUGCAUAUAUACUUUGACAAACACUACUCACUUUAUUAAUAUCAUAUUAUCAAAUCUCCUUCUCUCUCCCCCUCUCUCUCUCACUCAAAUCCAGCCAUCUCCGCCAUGCACGGCGGCGAUGCUACGCCUUCUCUACAGCUGUCUAGCCUCCAGGUCAUAUCAGCCAUUGGCCGCGGCGCCAACGGCGUGGUUUUCCUCGUGCGGACGGACGAGGGGGAGCUGCUCGCGCUCAAAGCGAUCUUAGAAUCUUCAAAUCGGAAAACGAAGGUCGAAGGCGGCGAGGAUUGCAGGAGAACUCGGCUAGAGAGAGAAUUUCUGAGCUCCUUCGAUCAUCCGCUGCUGCCGAAGCUUCAUGGAGUGGUGAUCACCGAUAAAAUCGUCGGCUACGCCAUCGAUUUCUGCCCUGGACGCGACCUCAAUUCCUUGAGGAAGAAGCAAACGGAGAAAAUCUUCUCCGACGACAUCAUUAGAUUUUACGCGGCGGAAUUGGUGCUGGCGUUGGAAUAUCUCCACGGAUUACGCAUCGUUUACCGAGAUUUGAAGCCGGAAAACGUGAUGAUCCAGAGCAACGGCCACUUAAUGCUAGUAGACUUCGAUCUCUCCACAAAGCUCACCGCCAGAUCGAGACCGGAAACCUUUCCCCUCGGCGGCGAAUCGGUGGAGAGAGAGAGAUCCAACUCGUUCGUCGGAACGGAGGAUUACAUCGCGCCGGAGAUCGUCCUAGGCAGCGGCCACAGCUUCGCCGUCGACUGGUGGUGCUUCGGCGUCGUGCUCUACGAAAUGCGCUACGGAACGACGCCGUUCCGGGGGCCCGAUCGGAGGAAGACGUACCGCCGGAUUGUAACCGAGGAGCCGGAGUUAACGGGCGAGUUGACGCCGUUAAAGGACUUGAUCGGGAAAUUGCUCGUGAAAGAUCCGAAGAAGAGGAUUUGCCGUCGGGAAAUUAAGGUGCAUGAUUUUUUCAAGGCCGUGGAUUGGGAGGGGAUAUUGGAGUUGCCCCGGCCGCCGUUUAUUCCCGACUUGACGGACGUUGAGGUAAAUAUAAAUGAACAGAUUAAUUUGGAGGAAUACGUCCAACGAGUGUUUGACACGACAUAAAUUCUUUUAGUCCACAAUUAACAUCCUUGAAAGUCUAUUUUUGAUAUUGUACUACACCUAUAAUCUAUGAUCUAUAAUCUAUAAUAUAUUUAAGGAAUAAUUUUAAUUUUAAAUUAAUUUCAAAUAAA